GAAGGCAGGAUUUUCAUGUCCCCUGUGCCGAUGAGCUGGUUUCAGGGCAGGCAGUUCUGCAGGAGUCGUGAUGCUGAUUUGGUCAUUAUUAACACUGAAGAGAAGCAGAAGUUCAUAUCAUCAUUCGUCCAGGAGUUUGUGUGGAUCGGUUUGUCUGAUAUUGAGAUCGAGGGCAACAUGACAUGGGUGGAUAAUUCACCACUGAAUCAAGGGUUUUGGGAGAUAAAUGAGCCCAAUGACGCAAUGGGAAAUGAGGACUGUGUCGAACUGAAUCCUGGAAAAUCUGUCUUGAACAAUUGGAAUGACAUCCCUUGUUUAGCUGGGAGAAAAUGUGUUUGUGAGAAAUAGCACCAGUUACUUGGUCUUUAAUAUUUAAUUUUCAUUAGUCAAAUUUUUGAUUUUGAAUAUUUUUAUUGCACUCUUUCUGGCUAAGAGUCCUGU